AUGGGUAUGGCAUCCAUGGCCAACACUUUCACUCUUCCUCGCUUUAACUUCAACCCUUCUCACACCCUUUCUCCUUCUUCAUCUUCUUCUCUCCCCAAAUUCUUCACUCUCUCCAACCCCAUUUCCACCCCUUCACCCAUCACCAACGCAUCAUCCUCAACCAAAAAAUGCGCAUCCACUCUCAUUCGCGCCACCUCUUCUUCUCCUUCUUCUUCCUCUUCCUCCUUCGGCUCUCACCUCGAAGAAACCAUCAAAAACACCCUUUCCCAAAACCCUGUCGUCGUUUACUCCAAAUCCUGGUGCUCCUAUUGUUCUGAGGUGAAAUCGUUGUUCAAGAAACUCAGUGUUCAACCGCUGGUCCUCGAAUUGGACGAAAUGGGUCCAUAA